AUGGCUGCCAAAACUACCAUCGUUGUUCCCCACCUGGGCGGCAUCAAGGCCGGCUACCGUCUCUCGGGCGAUGCCGUCGACCCCAGCAAGCCCACCGUCGUCCUCGUCAACUCCAUGUGCACCACCUCGUCACUGUUUGACGCCCAGUUCAGCAGCAAGGCCCUGACCGACGCUGUCAACCUGCUCGCCAUCGAGCCCCUCGGCCAUGGCGCCACCUCGUCUCCCUCGGACCACUUCACCUACUGGGACUCGGCCGUCAUGAGUCUCCAGGUCCUCGAGGCCCUUGGCAUCGACAAGGCCUUUGCCCUCGGCACCAGCCAAGGCGGCUGGAUCGUCGUGCGUAUGGCUCUCCUGGCCCCUGAAAAGAUCAUCGGCGUCCUGCCCCUCGGUACCUCUAUGGACUACGAGUCUUCCGAGUCCCGCGAGAAGGGCUGCUGGGACCCCAAGACGUCGCUGCGCCCCUUCUACGAGUCUUGGGAUAGCGCCACUCCCACCUCAGACUUUGUCGUCGACGAGGUCUGGCGCGGCCUGGUCUCCUCCGUAGGCUUUGGCACCAACCCCUCAGCUGAAACACUCUCCUUCUGGGAUGAAACCCUCAAGCAGGUGUACAGCGGCGAUGAGGGCCGUAAGAAGCUCCGAACCGCCGUCGCCAACCUCCUCGAGCGUGAUGGCCUGUUGCUUCGCCUUCGUGAUGUCAAGUGCCCUGUCUACUGGCUUCAGGGCCCCGAGGACCCCGUGUUCGGCAAGAAUGUCCCUGCUGAGCACAUCAAGCUCUUCACCUCAAGCCCCGAGGCUACACUCACCUUUGUUGAUGGCGCCGGCCACUACCUGAGUGCGACCAGCCCCAAGGAGACCGAGGAGGCCAUCUUGAAGAUGGUCAAGAAGUAUGCGUAG